CAGAAACCGAGUCCACAUCACCGUGAACCGUACGCGUCGUAUACAAACCCACCCUCCUUAUUCUUUUCUUCAGACACCUAUCUCUCCGGUAACUAGCUGCUACAACAACAACAGUAUCUUUAUUUGUUUCAGCUUUUUCAUUUUCUUUCUCUCUCCCAAUUCCCAUAGAUCUGAAACACUGUUCGCACCCCCACCUUUGACCUUUCAACUCUUUUCUUCAUUGGUCUUUCUUCCCUUAAAUCUAGAUCCGGAUCAAUCUUACCGGAGCUAGCUAGCUCCAUACCCGUGCGUGGAUCUAGGAAGUAAGAAAGCAGUUCAGUCUUAAAAGAUGACUUCGAGCACAAUCCGAAAAGCUAUUGGAGCGGUGAAGGAUCAGACGAGUAUUGGAAUAGCGAAAGUCGCGAGCAACAUGGCGCCGGAAUUGGAGGUGGCGAUUGUGAAAGCGACGAGUCACGACGAAGAUCCAGCGAGUGAGAAGUAUAUAAGAGAGAUCUUGAACUUGAUGUCUUACUCGCGUGGUUAUGUUAACGCCUGUGUUUCAGCUGUGUCCAAGCGAUUGGGGAAGACGCGUGAUUGGAUUGUUGCGUUGAAAGCUCUUAUACUUGUUCAUCGACUGAUGAAUGAUGGAACACCGAUUUUCCAGGAAGAGAUUAUGUAUGCUACAAGGAGAGGGACUAGGUUGUUGAAUAUGUCUGAUUUUAGAGAUGAGGCUCAUUCAAGCUCCUGGGAUCAUUCUGCUUUUGUUAGGACUUAUGCUUUGUAUCUUGAUCAGAGGCUUGAGUUGAUGUUGUUUGAUAGAAAAGCUGGUAGUGUUGGUGUUGGUGGUGGAGGUGGGGAUGAGAGGUUUGGUGGGAGGGAAAAUAAUUUCAGGUCGCCGCCGAAUGAGUAUGAGUAUGGAGGUGGACAAUUUAGAGGGGAAGGUGGGAUGAGGAAGACGAGGUCGUAUGGUGAUGUGAAUGAAGCGUCUGGGAAUGAUGAUAGAAGGAUUGUUACUGUGACCCCUUUGAGAGAUAUGAAGCCGGAGAGGAUUUUCGGGAAGAUGAGUCAUUUGCAGAGGCUUUUGGAUCGUUUCUUGGCUUGUAGGCCAACUGGGUUGGCUAAGAACAAUAGGAUGAUUUUGAUUGCGUUGUAUCCGUUGGUUAAGGAAAGUUUUCAGUUGUAUGCUGAUAUAUGUGAGGUUUUGGCAGUGUUGCUUGACAAAUUCUUUGAUAUGGAGUAUCCUGAUUGUGUCAAGGCCUUUGAUGCUUAUGCAAGUGCUGCUAAACAGAUUGAUGAACUUGUGGCAUUUUACAAUUGGUGUAAAGAGAGUGGUUUGGCGAGAUCCUCCGAGUAUCCAGAAGUUCAGAGAAUUACUAGUAAGUUGUUGGAGACACUGGAGGAGUUUGUGAGGGAUAGGGCUAAGAGGCCAAAGAGUCCAGAGAGGAAAGAGGAAGCUCCUAAGCUGGAAGUACAAGAGGAGGAGCCGGUCCCGGAUAUGAACGAGAUCAAGGCACUGCCUGCACCUGAGAAUUAUACCCCGCCUCCUCCACCAGAGCCUGAGCCUGAGCCAAAGCCGCAGUUUACGGAGGACUUGGUGAAUCUGAGAGAGGAUGCAGUCACUGCAGACGAUCAGGGUAAUAGAUUUGCUUUGGCACUCUUUGCUGGUGCACCAGCUAAUAAUAAUGCAAAUGGAUCGUGGGAAGCCUUUCCAUCAAAUGGACAGCCGGAAGUAACUUCAGCUUGGCAAACCCCUGCCGCUGAACCUGGGAAAGCUGAUUGGGAAUUGGCAUUGGUUGAGACAGCCAGCAAUUUAUCUAGGCAGAAGAAUGCUUUAGGUGGUGGGCUUGAUCCCUUAUUGUUGAAUGGCAUGUAUGAUCAAGGAAUGGUGAGGCAGCAUGUGAGCACUUCUCAACUUAGUGGAGGGAGUGCUAGCAGUGUGGCGUUGCCGGCACCGGGAAAGACCACAACACCUGUUUUAGCUCUCCCAGCCCCAGAUGGAUCUGUGCAGCCAGUUAAUCAGGAUCCGUUCGCUGCAUCCUUGAACAUUCCACCUCCCUCCUAUGUGCAAAUGGCCGAAAUGGAGAAGAAGCAACAAUUACUUGUGCAUGAGCAGCAGCUGUGGCAUCAGUAUGCAAGAGAUGGGAUGCAAGGCCAGUCUAGCUUGAACAAAAUGAACAAUGGUACUGGAUACUAUGCUGGAGGUCCUAUGCCUUACGGAAUGCCCCCAGUUCACGGAAUGGGACCUCCAAACGGGUAUUACCAUACUCCUAUAUGAUCCCCUCACGCUUUCUUUUUGCCACAUAUCUAUAGUUUGUUUCGUUUAUUUUUUUACUAUGACAUAGUGGUUUCCUUUGUUUUAAAUGGUGUCAUCUUAUUAUUGAGAUCUGCAUUUAGUACGAUGGGAUGCAAAGGAGACGGUUCGAGGAGACAAUUUCUUGUUUGGUUUUUGAUGGUGGGAGAUGUGUAACUCAAUUGUGAUGUCUCUGUGUCUUUGUUGUAAUAGUAACAUUUUCUUCUUGAUUUUGUACUUCAAAUGAUUCUUGCUCAAAAAAACAAUCGUUUAACUACUGUAAAUUUUAUAAAAUGCUUGUGCUGACGUUAUUGAUUGCUUAUGCAUAUUUUCAUCUUA